AGUUCACAGUAGCAGCAGGGACAGUAUCGUCUUGACGACCCCUCUCCUCCUCCUCCCCCUGCCCCGGUCGUUGACGAUGAUGAUGAUGUCGCGGUGCCGUUAGCAACAAUGGUACAGUAGGAUGGAGACAAACAUCUACAUAGUAAUCAGGAAGGACAUUUGACAAUACAUUACAUAAUCAACCUGUUUCUAUUGUACACAUCAUCCGGCUUUAACAUUUAACUGGUGCAACUUCGAGAAUGAAUAAAAAAGAAGAAAAAAAGCCACUCCACCAGGCAUGCGGCCAACAUACCCAGUGAAGCGGGGGCACUCAGUAUUGUCAAACAGAGAGUGGGUAAGGGGAGGAACCAGAGCUGUUCCCAGCCAGUGCUCUGGACCACCUACCAGCUUCCAGCCCGGGAUCGAUCUCUCGAUCACCGGAACCUUUAUACUGGUAGUCCCCACUUCUACUGAUUGCGCCACAUGAGUGACCCGAGAGGAGUAGUUGAAAUUUUGCCUUUAUACCCACCAGUCAGUGAGGCUGAAAAAAUAAAAAGUACUAGCUGACAGGCUUGAACCCAGGUAGCAGGAAAACCUUGUUCCACUUGCAAGAGCUUUAGCCACUAGACCAUCAACUCUUGGUGUGCGUGAUAUGUAGCAUCCCUACCAGGCUCGAAUGCACUGGCAACCAACAUGUCUGAGUUAUUACAGUGGAAAUACACCUCAUAAUAAAUGACACCACACGAAAUGACUUCACAACUACGGGAACGGCCCCACCCUGAAUGGUACGAGCAAUGGCGGAGUUGCUUCGCGACAACCCAGAGCUGCGGCAGUUUCUUCUCUCCAAUGUAAGACUCACUGGCGUCAGAAUCGGCGCAGGAGCUUACGGCAGCCUGGAGGAGGUGGCCGUGCCUGGAGCCGUCUGCGCCGCCAAAAGGAUCAACGAAGUCUUCCUGGACCGCUCCGAGAUCCCUGAGGCCGAGAUCCUCAAGUCGGCCGCCUACUUCGCGAAGGAAUGCCAGCUGAUGAGCACUCUCCGCCACCCGAACAUCGUCCAGUUGCUUGGCUUGUAUUUCCUGCCCGGCUCGCGACUGCCGGCCCUCGUCAUGGAGCGAAUGCUGACGAGUCUUCACGACUUUCUGGACCCAGAAACCGACACCCCUCCCCCGCCCGACGCGCCCAAGCCCUUCUUCCCACCGUGCCUAAAGUGCUUGAUCCUGCACAACGUGGCGAGCGGCCUGACCUACCUCCACGAGCGAUCGCCGCCCAUCAUCCACCGCGACUUGUCGGCCAGAAACGUUCUCCUGAACUCGGGGAUGGUAGCCGAGAUAGCGGACCUGGGCGUGGCUCGUAUCGUGCCUCGUAUGCGAGUUGCAGCCACCAUGACAAAGGGACCUGGGGCCAUAAUUUACAUGCCUCCAGAGGUCAUGGAAAGCAAACCUGGGGAGGAAAAUAAAGACAAAAAGUCAAAGUACGAUGCAAGCAUCGACAUCUUCUCUUUUGGUGUCGUGGCCAUUUUUACACUCUGCCAAACCUUUCCCUGCGACUUGCUAGCUCCCACCUAUCGCGAAGGUCGACAGCAUAAAGCUAGAACUGAGCUAGAGCGACGAGAGGAGUACAUGAGGAUGAUCUACAGCCAGCUACGCGACAAGCAUCCUCUCCUCCAGAUGAUCGAGGGGUGUCUGGAGUUCCCUGAAGACCGGCCGAGCAUUCGUGAGGUGCUGCGUCUGUUGGAGGAGGCCAGAGCUGAAGUGAGAGACGAGCAGACAGACAUGAACAAACUGGAGCUGUUGCGAGCUCUUCAGACCCAGCCCAGGAACCAGAUGAGGAACUGUGUGUUCUGUAGUGAGAGAGUGUUGCCACUUGACUUGUGUUUGUUAUUAGGAUGUGUGCCAAUUUUUAAACUCGUGCUCUCUAUAUUUUGCAGGAAGAACUGCUACAGUCCAGUGAAAGGGAGAAACAGAUUGUCGUGCAACAACUACAAUCCAAGAACCAGGAGAACGCUGAGCUCCAGCAACAACUAGAAUCCAGCGAGAGAGAGAAACGGACAGUCAGACAACAGCUGAUCAGCUCACAGAGACAGAAUCAAGAACUGAGACAGAGAGAGACUGAGUUAGUGCAGGCCAAGGGCAGGGAGCUAAGAGAGAAGGCGACAUUGCUAACAAGGAAGGAGAGAGAGUUAGCUGAGACUCAGCAGCAACUGAGACAGAAGGAAGAACAGCUGCGAUCAAGUGAGGCUCUAGUGGCUGACUUCCAGAAGGCCCUCCAGCGGAGAGACUCGGGAACAAAGACCAACCAAAGAUGGCCCUGCCUCCCUGCCAUGCCUUUGUCCAGUUCUACGUCUGUAAUGGAGAGUUGUCAUGCCAACUGUACCAGACAUCAGCAGACAUGGUACUCCAGCACUUCCCCUCUCAGUUAUUAACCCUCGGCGCGCAUGCGCAGCGAGGGUUACGUAGUUGUCCCGUAAGUGUGUCA